UUUUAUUUCAAUCGAACGAUGGAGGCGAAUGUUUUGAUGGAGUCAAAGGACUAACGAGCUCAGUUUGCUGGCGUAACAACGCAUCAAAGUGCCGUAUUGUAUGGUAAAAUAACGCAGCGGCUGCAUCGAUCGAUGCUGAUUCGUGUGCAAUAAUAGUACUGACAGAAAGUUGACUUGUGUGAGGAAAUAACUGUGGUUUAGCUACCCUCGUUAGCUGCGGUGGCCUAGCUUACAUCUGUGAAGUUGGUCGGUCCUUUAAAUGAAUCAGCUUACGGAGAGGUCCCCUUUUAAUCUGUCUUGUUUUUAAUGAAAGUAGAGCUCCACUUGGAAUCGUUUUCUCUGUGGUUGUUGUUUUCAAAGACUAGCAUACCUUUAAUUGGAGUCAGUUCGUGUGAGCUCGGCUUCCUGAGAGCAAAUCAAGGAGAAGCGGUUAUCCAUGUUCACGAGUUUCUGCAGAUUGCUAAUAUUUAACAGUACCAGCAGUCAUGUCUUUAGUCGCCUAUGGAAGCAGUGAUGAUAGUGACUCGGAGGAAACCGCGACCUCUGCAGCACCACAGAGAAAAACAAACGCAGGAGGGUUCUUCUCAGCCCUGCCUGCUCCUAAAAAAACAGGAUCUGCAGCAGGGAGCGGUGGACCAAGCAGGGCAACACAAGCAAACUCUAAAGCAUUAGACAGCGUGACAGGUGAUGAUCCAGAUCUCCAGCCGUCUAGGGGAAGCUUAUUCUCCAGUCUGCCUAAGCCGAGGAAACGAACAGAACCCGUCAAGAUCACUGUACCACAGAUCCAGAGACAGGAUUCGGACUCGGACGACGAUGAACCAACAAAGAAGAAACAACAACGCCAGGUUGCAGGUUCAGGCCUGUCCUCCCUUCUGCCACAGCCCAAAAACCUGACGGUGAAGGAGAUGGACCGAAUUCUGAUUCCUCAUACACUCACCAAACGGCAAGAGCCUAAAGGACCCAAACCUGGAACUCCCGCUCAGGGUCUGAUUGGGUCAAGUGCGUCUCCCUCCGCUAUCAAGGCUGCGGCAAAGUCAGCGGCCAUGCAGCUGGCUAGACAAAUAGCCACGGAUGACCAGGAUAACGAGGAGGACAUAUCCCCACAGAACUACUUCUCCCUAGAAGAGAGCCCCCAGCCUCUCCCUGCAGUCAUCCCAAGCUUAGACCCUGAGCCGUUAGCCCCCGCACAGUUAGCUCCCGCACAAAUAGCCCCUCCACAAUUAGCCCCAGCAGAGGCCCUUCCCAUCUCGGCUUCUGAUGAGCCAGGGCAGUCGGACGCCCCUCUUGACUUUGGGGGGAAUCAUGAGGCCGCAGGUGCAUGGGGAGGUCAAUAUCCGUAUCAACAACCCAUGGCAGGUCCUGAGGGUUUCCCUCCGGGAUACUAUAAUGAGCCAUACUACCAAGAACCCAACCCUGGAGUGGCAGAAGCUGAAGAGCCCGGCCAGUCAGCCAUGUUUGAUGAUGAAGCGUUCAUGCGGCUACAGGGGAAAAGAAACAGAGGCAAAGAGGAGGUGAAGUUUCUGGAGAUCAAAGGGGACGACCAGCUGAGUGGAAACCAGCAGUGGAUGACCAAGAGCAUGUCUGAAGAAAAGCAGCAACGGCAGUCUUAUAGCAAGAAAAAGGGAGAAGGACCCACAGGACAACAGCGACGCAAGCAUCAGAUAACAUAUCUCAUUCAUCAGGCAAAGGAACGCGAGCUGGAGCUGAAGAACAGUUGGGCAGAAAACAAGCUAACCCGCCGGCAGACCCAGGCCAAAUACGGUUUCUAAUGGUCAUUAACUGUGGACCCUGGUGGUUUAAUACAGAAACCCUGCGUCACAAAUUAGAGUAGAACUUUCCAGAUUUACAUACAUAAGGGGAUAAGUUGUGUUUAGGAAAAAGUAUGCAAACCUUAAUACAGAUUUUUCCUCCUGCCCUCCAUCCUGUCUUUGUGUUGAAACGUUAAUAUUCUAUUGUUUGAUAAGGUGUUCAGUCCCAAAAUCCAGUCAUGGAUGCUACUCUCUCCUUUGCAGCCACUCCUUUUACAGUAAAUAUAGACACAGAACCUAAAUAACAAUGUGAAUAUUUUGGCAGAAAAGAUGUUAUGUGACCCUGAAAUGGUGAUUAUAAAUGUUCUUCAUUUGAAUGCAUUUGCUUUCUCUUCAUGGGGUGUACUCAGUGUGGAAACACAUGAAUCUACACUGAGAUUCGAUUGUCUGGGAAGAAGUAAAAUGUUGCUAUGGAGAAAUGAGCUGAAGUCAUCCUAGAGUUUGGAAUAAAUGAUGUUGGAAUACACACAUUGCAGACGUUAGGCUCUUUCAAAUAUUUGGCUUCAGCAGGUCUCGUUUAAAAAGUUUUUAUAUUGGCACUGGCAUUCCAGUUUACCUCAUAUUGUUGUGUAGUUAAAAAGAAUACAAAUAAAUCAGUAUUUUUCCUUUC